AAUCGCAGGGGAUCGCCGCAUGCUCAAAGUAUUUCCUGUUUCAGUGUCUCUGCUGCAGUUUCUUUCAAAGUGUCUGCUGCAAUUUUGCAUCAAAUUGCUGAGAAGUUUAAGAUGUUACAUGCUGGUUGUUUAUGCACGCUUUUUCCUGUGUCUGUUUAAAGCAACAAGCUACAAAGUAGUGAUGUAUUUUCUGCUGAAUGUCAGAGCUUUGGAGGAAAAUAUGCCGUUUAGUGCAGUCGUUGUUGAUUUGAGCAAUGCUGAUAAGCUUAUCUCUUUCUCUGGAUUCCGGGAAGAAACGGUAUAAGCAUGUAAAUAUUGUCUUUCACCCUGGCUUGUGUAGAAACGGAAAUGUGGUGCCUGUCUUUUUAAGAAUAUGCAAAUGAAGAGAACGAACCCAGUGAACCUGCAUGGCGUAUGCGCACUGCCAGAGCUGUGGGUCAAGGCUAGCAGCACAAACACAGCCAGGCUUUUAGUCCUGCCUGGCACUUUUAAACAUAAUAUUUUGCCAAUUAAUAAACAGUUAUUAGUGAAAUGACAGAAUUUUGAAGACCAAAAAAAAAAAAGAAAAGAAAAGAUUUUUUUGUCAAUGCUAGUAGAAAGGAAGAGAAGAGUGAGUGUUUGAAAGAGCUUCUUUAUUAGCACCUGAUUCGGUUCCUUUUUGCAAGGCUGACCCUUGUAAGGCUCCUAAUUGUUGGAGCUCUUUAAAGGACUUUCUACAAUGGAGGCCAGAUGCAUCCUCUGUCCUGUGCUCUCCAGAGGCCAAGAAGUGAGGGCGCUUUGUUCGGCCCCUCACAGAGGUCACGUCAAAAUAUAUGCGAUCGUCACAUCAUGACGAUGAUGGCAAUUCAUACUCCACAGGAAUGUCACAUUUCAAUUUCACACUGCCAGAGGAAGCAUUGAACAGUUCUCUCAAGGGCAUCUUCCUUAUAUUGUACUGAGCUUUUACAUAGACAACCUGUUUGGUGUGUGUGUAGUCACUUUGGGGUGUUUACUCACCGAUAUUGACAUCCUGAAAAUACAGUGGAAAAAAAAAUGCUGGCUGCAAUUCAAAUCAUAGGUUUAUGUUAAUGCACUCAUUGUAAUACGCUAUCGUUUCUCGUUCCUAGGGGCUCAUAUGGUGUUGGAUCUACCUAAUCUAAAGCUAAUAAUAAACAGGUUAAAAAAAACAAACCAUUUAUUUAAUUUGAAGGAAAGUUGUUAAUAUGGCGAUGUUUUCUGUAGGGAGAAAUUUUAUUUUAAAAACAAGGCGUCAUCAAUGUCAGAGCUUUGUGGCGGUUCAUAAGUUUUCAGGCACGGGAAAGUAGAUCGAGGACUUUGUGCUUGCUGGUUUCUCAGUAACAUGGCAAGCUGCGAUUCUAUUCAGCUUAUUAACUUCAAGGCCGGUGAGGGAACGAGUGUUUAUGGCUGCCGUUAACGUAAACGAUAUCAGGAACUAGCGUGUUUUGCGGAUGCUCAACAGCGUUUAAGGCGGAGAAGAAGGCCAAACUGGUUUCCAUAAUGAACUCAAUGGAGGAGCACGAAGAGGUGGAGGCCAAGCCUCAGACAGCCUGUGGCACCAUCAACAGCCCACUGACCACUGACCCCCCACCACCAACACAGCAACAGCAGCAACUAAUCCAGGCUCUUCCCAAAGCUCAACCACAACCACAAAUACAGCCUAUACCCCAGCAACAGCAACAGCAACAGCCUACAGACCCAGCAUCCCCUACAGUGGCCACCACACCAGAACCAGUGCCUAUAGGGGACGGAGAUAAGACCUCACCAAAGUCCACCGACACAGAGGCUGAGUAUGAGGAUGGCAGAGGCUUUGGCAUUGGUGAGCUGGUGUGGGGGAAACUGCGGGGUUUCUCUUGGUGGCCAGGACGCAUCGUCUCCUGGUGGAUGACUGGCCGAAGCCGAGCUGCCGAGGGAACCAGAUGGGUCAUGUGGUUCGGUGAUGGCAAAUUCUCUGUGGUCUGUGUUGAGAAAUUGUUGCCUUUGAGUUCCUUCUGCAAUGCUUUUCACCAUCCAACUUACAACAAACAGCCAAUGUACAAGAAAGCCAUCUAUGAGGUGCUACAGGUAGCCAGCAGUAGAGCAGGAAAAGUGUUCCUCACCUGUCCUGAGAAUGACGACACUGACACCUGUAAGUCGGUGGACAUGCAGAACAAGCAGAUGAUUGAAUGGGCCAUGACAGGAUUCCAGCCCACUGGCCCCAAGGGCCUGGAGCCACCAGAAGAGGAGCGCAACCCAUAUAAGGAAGUGUACCCGGAAAUGUGGGUGGAGCCCGAAGCCGCAGCCUAUGCACCCCCACCUGCCAAAAGGCCUCGUAAAAGCACAGGGACUGAGAAGCCCAAGGUGAAAGACAUCGUCGAUGAGAGAACCCGAGAAAGGCUUGUAUACGAAGUGCGCCAGAAGUCCAGGAAUAUCGAAGACAUUUGUAUCUCCUGUGGAACCCUGAAUGUUUCCCGUGAGCACCCACUCUUCAGUGGAGGAAUGUGCCAAAGCUGUAAGAACUGCUUCUUGGAGUGUGCGUACCAGUAUGACGACGACGGAUACCAGUCUUACUGCACAAUCUGCUGUGGAGGGAGGGAGGUGCUCAUGUGUGGAAACAAUAACUGCUGCAGGUGUUUCUGUGUAGAGUGUGUGGAUCUGUUAGUCGGGCCGGGUGCAGCACAAGCUGCUAUAAAGGAGGACCCUUGGAACUGCUAUAUGUGUGGUCAGAAGCCUCAGUUCGGGCUGCUGGAACGCCGGGCUGACUGGCCCAGUCGCCUACAACACUUCUUUGCCAACAACCACGACCAGGACUUUGCACCUCCAAAACUCUACCCUCCCGUUUUGGCAGAGAAGAGAAAGGCGAUUCGUGUGUUAUCACUCUUUGACGGAAUCGCUACAGGUCUGCUGGUGCUAAAGGAUCUAGGCAUUCAGGUGGAGCGCUAUGUAGCCUCUGAGAUAUGUGAGGACUCCAUCACUGUCGGUAUUGUACGGCACCAUGGGCGCAUCAUGUAUGUUGGCGACGUGAGGAACGUCACACGCAAGCACAUACAAGAGUGGGGACCUUUUGAUCUUGUCAUCGGAGGAAGCCCCUGUAAUGAUCUGUCUAUAGUUAAUCCAGCACGGAAAGGUCUCUACGAGGGCACGGGGCGGCUGUUCUUUGAGUUUUACCGGCUUUUACAUGAAGCUCGUCCUAAGGAAGGAGACAACAGGCCUUUCUUCUGGCUUUUUGAGAACGUAGUGGCUAUGGGUGUCAGUGACAAGAGGGACAUCUCUCGCUUUUUAGAGUGCAACCCAGUGAUGAUCGAUGCGAAGGAAGUGUCCGCUGCCCAUCGUGCCCGCUACUUCUGGGGAAACCUUCCUGGCAUGAACAGACCUCUGACUGCCAUGGGCAAUGACAAACUGGACCUGCAAGACUGUCUUGAACAUGGCAGGACUGCAAAGUUCGAUAAAGUGAGGACCAUCACCACUCGGUCGAAUUCCAUAAAGCAGGGCAAAGAUCAGCACUUCCCUGUUUACAUGAAUGACAAAGAGGACAUCCUGUGGUGCACUGAGAUGGAGAGGGUAUUUGGCUUUCCCGUCCACUACACAGACGUGUCCAACAUGAGUCGGUUGGCGAGACAGAGGCUGCUAGGCCGCUCGUGGAGUGUCCCAGUCAUCCGCCACCUGUUUGCACCACUCAAAGAGUAUUUCGCCUGCGUGUGAAAGUCAGCGCCGUGAGGAGUCGAGAAUCCCAAACUGGUGUAUGAAAUAACAAGAGCCUUGUAUAUUAUUUACAACAUAAACAUCAAAGUAGGUAUUUCAUGGUAUUUCUUUUGUUUUGUUUUUCUUUUAAAUAUUUGACUCUUUUUUAAAAAAAUUCUAUUUAAUUGUUUUUUUUUUUUUUUGUUCAUUCGUUUGAUUUUUUAGCGGUGUUAUCCAGAAUUUGGAUUGAUUUAUGUGUGCAAGCUAUACUUGAGAUGGGGCCUCCUAUCAAGGCAUUGAGAGACAAAGCAUGGGAGCAAAUGAUGGAAAAAUAGUAGAUCAUUCAUUUCACCAUCAUAAGUUAUGGAAAGUCUUAAGUUAGUGACUUUUCAGUAAUCGGGCUAGAUUUGGGCUACAGGUCGAACGGGCUCGCCUUUCCUUUCCUCUGAGCAACUGAGCCUUUGGCGAGAGCAAAAAAAAAAAAUUCACAAACAAAAAAAUGGUGUCUUUCUCUUCCAUGUCAGGGGAGCUCUGUCUUAACAAAUCCAAAACACCACAUCACAAAUACCUCUUUGUUUACGGUUUCUAUACACAAUGGUAAUAAAAGGUACUACUGUAAUAGGUGACAAUAUGGUGCUUCAAGGUGGUGAAAAACAUUGCAACUCAUGUGGUGCUACUACUUCAGACUAGAUGUGGUCACCUUCAGACCAUUAGCCAGGUUUUAAACAAGGAGACUCUAAACAAGGAUUCGUCAAGCCAGGUCUGCCACAUCUCAUUUUAUAUCUUUUACAGCCUUUUUUUUUUUUUAAUUUUAUUUUUUUUAAAACAAUACCUUGCUGGUGCUCUGUGUAAACCUCAGCCUUGCAGUCACUGAGGUCAGUUUCCUGCGUCCGUGCACACGUAAAACCUGCUGGCCUGCCACAUGGGCCGUGAUGUUUUAUUUUCUCCUCUAUACCUUGAGAUAGAAGGCUGUGUUGAGCUACCUUUUUUUUUUUUUUACCUAGCGUCACACAGGCCGGAAUCAUUACUGUACAACUCUUAGCAUGCGUGGCGUUUGCAGGGAGGGCAGUGUUGGGUUUGCUCCUGGCCUGCUGAACCCCUCUCUACAGUGCCUCUCGCAGGCUAUCCUCAGUCAGGUGCAACACUUUUAACAAUGGUGCGGCUUCACAAUGUUCUUCUACCUUUUUAUAGCUAAUUGUUUUGUGCUGUGUUAUCAACAAUAUCAAGCACUUUUGUAUAUGUAUACUUUUAUUUCCGUUGAUAUUUUUUGAAUAUUUCUUCUUGACUUCUUGUGAAUCAUUUUUUUUAUUUUUUAUUUGUUAUGUUCUAUGAUGUGAAAUGCUCUUAGCAUUAUAUAUAUGAGGUAGUUAUUUUUAUUUCUGUACAGUAGGGCUGUGCCAAUAGAUGUGAAAGAAUGGGUUAGUAGGAUAGGGGGAAAUUCACCCGUCACUCUGGUGAAUAGGCUAAAUGAGAAAACAAGAAGCCACCCUUUUCCACGUCCUCAUCUGCUACAGUGAUAUUUCGUCAUAAACCACGUAAGGAAAGUUACUGUCUGCUCUCAGUGUAGUGCGUAUAUGAGCCGUACAGUAAAUAUGUUCUCUAGAUAUCCAGUCAGGUCAUUACUUUCCUAACGCUUAACUGAUGCUUCUCUUGUGUUGUCAUUAGUGAUGUUUAGUUUCUCCGUCGAAUCCACCGCUUUAUCCUGGUCAGGGUUGUGGUGAAUCUGGAGCCCAUCCCGGGAACGCUGCACCGGCCAGUUUAUAUCAGCCGAAAUUCAGUGCUGAACUUGUAUUAUCAUAGCCCUAUAUUAUCAUUAUGUUUUGGGAGUUUGUGAAUUUGAUUAGAAUUUUAGAAAAUGUCUGUGUGCAUUUAAAUUAUUCUACUUAGUACAGAUUUGCAAAUUGGCCAACUGUCAUAAGACAUACUAUAGAAACGAAUUAGAGUUUUUUAAAAAAUUUUAUUUAAUGCAUUAUACUGCAUACAUACCUUAAUCUUUUUUCAUUUUCAUUAGUUACUCCAUACAUAUGUUCGAAAUGAUAUUGAUGCCCAUAUUUUUUUGUACAUUUUGUACAUACAAUAUGUUUGUUGCUGUGUUCGUUUUAAAAUUACCUAUGAGAUGUACAAAUAUAAUUCUGUGCUAAUAUAUAUAUCAUGGAAUCGAAAGUCUCGCAUUGCAAAGAGAGGGGUAAUUAACUGCAACCUGAAAAAUUGACAUAAGCUAUGGAGCAGUGGGGUAGGAGGACUUUUGAUAUUUCAUAUUUGUAUGUCAGGCAUUGAAUAGUGAAAGUAAAAGAAUGAUUUUAACAGUAGAUGGACACUUCCGACUUUACUGCACAGCCCUACAUACAAAACAGUCUCUUUAAUUUGCAUUUAAUUCUUUUAUAAAUACUAAAAGGGGGAUUGUAGGUGUUUCCUAAGGUGCUAAACAUUUUAUCAAAUUGAAAAUCAUGUAUUAUUUGGACAAACUUGUCUCGACAAUGACUGUUUUUAUGUUUCUUUUAGUAUUGGAAAAGCACUAUUAUUUUACUCUCUCAUAUAAAUAUAUUAACAAAGGCAUUUUAACUUUGUACUUGAAAAAAAAUGAUGAAAAGAUUCUUAUAUUGUUUUAGAAUAGAUCUUGCUGUAGUUGGUGCUUAUCUGUGGGAAAAUCAUGUACUCAUAUUGGGAAGUAAGAAAAGAAUUGUAAUCAAUCGAUCUUGCUGUUAACAUGUACUUGCUUAUUAUCCAGGCAACUUUGUUUUUAAGUCCUACAUUCCAUGGCAUAUAUCCAGCCCUCCAUCUUUUUUUUUUUUUAUUAUUAUUAUUAAGAUCAGUGUUUAUUUUAUAUAUUUUUGGCUUUGGUGGCCUAUUUGUUUGCUCUUGUAACAAUUUCCUGUAUAUCCUCAGUAUAUACAGUUGCAAUCAAAAUUAUUCAAUGCCCAUUGCAAAUCAGGUUUAUUGUCAAAAUUUACAGACCUUUAGCUGUUUGCAAUGAACAAAUCAAACAAAAGCAAGUGAAAUAGUUCAACACAACGAAUGCUUCAAGUGGUUUCCCCAAAUUCAACUGAAAAUGCAACUUAUAAUGACUUCUCCAGUCUCAAAAUUAUUCAACCCCUUCAUGGCAAGCAUCUUUAAUACUUAGUAGAGCACCCUUUGGUUAUGGCCUGCUGCAAACGAGAUGCACACCAGCUUCUGGCAGCAUUCCUAAGGAAUCUUAGCUGAUUCCUCAUGAGCAAUGACCUCCAGUUCAGUAAUAUUCUUGAGUUUGCGUGCUGCAACCACCUUCUUCAAAUCCCACCAGAGAUUUUCUAUGGGGUUCAAGUCAGAUGACUGUGUUGGCCCUGUAGAAUCUUCCAGCACUUCUUCUGCAACCAAGCCUUGGUGGAAUUUGAGGUGUGCUUCGGAUCAUUGUCCUGUUGGAAGGUCCAAUGUGGCCCAAGCUUCGGCUUCCUCACAGACGGCAUAACGUUUUCUCCUUGGAUUUCCUGAUACUUCAAUGAAUCCAUCAUACCUUCCACACGCUGCAGGUUUCCAGUGCCAGAGGAUGCAAAGCAGCACCAGAGCAUCACCGAGCCACCACCAUGCUUGACUGUGGACAGAGUGUUCUUUCUUCAUUCUUCUUUCUCCAGACAUACCACUGAUUCAUCGUGCCGAAAAGUUCCACAGAACACAAUCCCAAAACUUCUGUGGCUUAUUUAUAUGAUUUUGAGACACUUUUCUUGUGCUUUUGGGUCAGUAGUGGUGUACGUCUUGGAGUUCUUGUUCAAGCACACCUGGCGCAACUAAUGAAGCCCUUGAUUAGUUGCAUCCGGUGUGCUUGAGACAACAUCUGUUUUGCAUAUUUGUGCUGUUGUGAGGGAUUCUAUUCAGGGGGUUGAAUAAUUUUGAAACUGGAGAAAUCAUUAUAAGUUGCCUUUUCAGUUGAAUUUGGGGUAACCACAAAGCAUUUGUUCUGUUGAACUAUUUCGAUUACUUUUGUUUGAUUUGUUCAUUGCAAACAGCUUAAAGUCUGUAAAUUUUGACAAUAAACCUGAUUUGCAAUGGGGUUGAAUAAUUUUGAUUGCAACUGUAUCGCAGUGUCCUCCAGAGUUUUUGGCACUUUCAUAAAUAUGAGCAAAAAUGACAUUACACACAAUAAUAUACGAUUCUUUCACUCAAACAAUAUGAUUAUUUAUCUUUGUUUUAACAAAAAAAUAUCAUUGGACCUGCUUUUUUUAAAUAAUAGAAUUUCAUAUAAGUAUGUGCCACAGUUAUUGACAGCCCCAAGGAAUGUUUUAAUAAAUGCAAACAAAUACUUUAAAAACCUA